AUGUCGGCUUUUCUUUUGCUGUCUUGCGUUCAGUUAAGGAUGGACAUUUCAGGUCAUGAACCAAUGGGCUCUACAGGAUGUACAGCUUUCUGCAUUAGUGCUCCAUCUGACACUUUGACGUCCUGGAGGAAGGAGACAGCGGAUAUAAAAUCUUCCAACAGUUUAUUGGGCCUUCCAGAGCUCAGCUGGCCGGGAGUUUCCCCUACCAUUUAUGACGGGUUAGCUAGUGAAGAACUGAGCAUGGCAGAGGUUGUUGCUCAUUCUGCUCAAGGUCUGGGUUCUUCAGAGCCAAGGCCACUCGUGUCUAGCCCAGUUCUCAACCCUACAUCUGAUGUACAAGGUGAAGCAGAGGAAUACUGUCUGGAGCAGAUCCAAUCAAUGGUGGUGGGAGAAGUGCUGAGCGACGUGAGAAAAGCUUGCAAGCUGCUCAACAUUACACCAGACCCGCUCGACUGGAGUUGCAUGCACGUUUACAAGUGGCUGCUAUGGACGGAGCACUUGUACCGACUGCCACAGAUGAGCGUGCUCUUCAAGGAUCUGAAUGGAAGGGACUUGUGCUACAUGACAGAGGCUGACUUCAGACAACGCUCCUCACAGUUUGGACACAUACUGUAUGCUCAUCUUGAUAUCUGGAGAUCUGCUGCAGCAAUGAAAGACCAGUGCCCGCGAGAAGAUGUUAAAUCAGCAAAUGACAAUUCUUGGUGCAACUGCCCAGGCCAGCCUAUCCACUUGUGGCAGUUCCUUCAGGAGCUGCUCCUCAAGCCGCACAAUUACAGUCGUUCUAUCCACUGGAUCAACAAAGAAAAGGGGAUUUUCAAAAUAGAAGACUCGGCUCAUGUGGCCAGGCUAUGGGGCAUCAGGAAGAACCGUCCAGCAAUGAACUAUGAUAAACUCAGUCGAUCGAUACGUCAGUACUACAAAAAAGGAAUCAUUCGAAAGCCAGAUGUGUCACGCAGACUCGUCUAUCAGUUUGUUAACCCCAUAUGA